ACUUGCAGUCAGAUGUUUUAAGCACGUGGGAAAACAACGUGUUCUUGCAGGUUAUACCAAACACAGCGAUUCUCAAUCGAAAACUUUAAAGUUAUAAUAUAAUUAAUAUAAAAAAAUGAAACGUUUAAGUGAAGAACGCACCAAAACACUCUUCGAAAAACUAUCAAAAUACAUUGGACCAAAUGUAAAAGCCCUCAUCGAACGCCCCGAUGGUCUUUACUGUUUCCGCGAGAAGAAAGACCGUGUCUAUUACGUAUCUGAAAAAAUCCUUAAUCUUGCAAACACUCUCAACCAGGAUCAACUUGUCUGUGCAGGCACAUGUUUUGGCAAAUUCACAAAGACCAACAAAUUUGUUUUACACAUAACAGCAUUAACUUACAUCGCCCCAUAUGCACAAUGUAAAAUAUGGCUGAAACCAGCUGCAGAACAAACAUUUUUAUAUGGCAAUCAUAUUGCAAAGAGUGGCAUGGGGAGAAUCAGUGAAAACACUGAAAGAUACAGUGGUGUAGUUGUGUAUUCAAUGUCAGAUUUGCCACUUGGUUUUGGUGUAGCUGCAAAAGCAACAGCUGAGUGCAAACAUGCUGAACCAAUGGCAACUGUUUGCUUCCAUCAAUCAGAUAUUGGUGAAUACAUUAGAUCGGAAGCUGAAUUGAUUUAAAUGGUUAUUUUUAUACUAAGCUUAUGAAUAAAGUAAAAUACAAAGCAUUUCAAGUAUUUUUUUUGUUUUUUUUUUUGUUUUGAUGGUUUAAAAAUAUGUGCCGAGUGUUUAUUCUUAAUUAUUCGGCUUUUUAUCUGUUUUUAGCUAAAAUAUUUUGGUUAAAUAUGCAGAAUAUCCAAUAAUUUGCAUGAAUUUCCUGGGUUUUUCACAAAAAAUGCAAAUAUGAAUACAAUUUUAGACUGUAAUGCACUAAUUUCAUUUUUUACAUGCUUUCUGAUACUGGAUAGUAUAAAAUCAGCUGAAAUUCAACAUCUAGCUACUUAUUUCUUGUCACAGAAGUAAUAAACAUCAACAUGAAGUUCUUCUUGGUUGCCUGCCUGGUCAUCUGCAGUUAUGUUGCAGCUGAUGAUGAAUGUAACUUACCAGUAUUGUUGACACCACUACUUCAAGAUCGCUCUUUCUACGACGAAGUUAAAAAAUGUAUCAAUGACAGCGGUAAAGAUAAUUUGCAAAAUACUUACAACGAUAUGGAAGAAGUUGCAAAAGGCUCAGAUGCACAAUUUGAUAAUAAGUGCAAGAGCGAAGGUUGUAGUGAAGAAGAAUGGAAAGAUAUAUAUGAAAAUAUGAAGAAGAUUAAGGGAUUUUUGAUCACAUUGCAGAAAGAUAUGCCUGAAUGUACAUUUGUCAAUGAUGUUAUUGCAGAGAUUUGUGACAUUGAAAAGAAAUGCGAUUAAGUUGCUCAUUGAGUUGUAAUAAUGCAUUAUAUUCUGUUCUGACGAAUGAAAAUAAACAAUAUUCUUGUAUCUUAA